AUGCCUGUGGAGGAGUUUGUGGCUGGCUGGAUCUCUGGAGCUCUGGGCUUGGUCCUAGGACACCCCUUUGACACUGUAAAGGUGCGGCUGCAGACCCAGACCACGUACCAGGGCAUAGUCGAUUGCAUGGUCAAGAUUUACCGCCAUGAGUCGCUCCUGGGCUUCUUCAAGGGCAUGAGCUUCCCCAUCAUGAGCAUAGCUGUGGUCAGCUCCGUCCAGUUUGGGGUCUAUAGCAAUGCCCUGAUGGUGCUUACAGCGACCUCCCACCAGGAGCGGUGGGCUCAGCCUCCCAGCUACGCACAUGUCUUCAUUGCCGGCUGCGCCGGGGGGUUCCUGCAGACCUACUGCCUGGCCCCAUUUGACCUCAUCAAAGUCCGGCUACAAAACCAGACAGAGCCAAGGGCCCAGUCCGGGAGCCCCCCAGCCCGGUACCGGGGGCCCGUGCACUGCGCGGCCUCCAUCUUCCAGGAGGAGGGGCCCCGGGGGCUGUUCCGAGGAGCCUGGGCCCUGAUGCUGAGGGACACCCCCACAAUGGGAAUCUACUUUGUCACCUAUGAAGGGCUGUGCCGCCAGUACACGCCAGAUGGCCAGAAUCCCAGCUCAGCCACAGUGCUGGUGGCAGGGGGGGUUGCCGGAAUCACCUCCUGGGUCGCAGCCACACCCUUAGACGUGAUCAAGUCCCGGAUGCAGAUGGACGGGCUGAGGCGGAGGGUGUACCAGGGGGUGCUGGACUGCAUGGCCAGCAGUGUCCGGCAGGAGGGACUGGGGGUCUUCUUCCGGGGGGUUACCAUCAACAGUGCCCGUGCCUUCCCUGUCAAUGCUGUCACCUUCCUCAGCUACGAGUAUCUCCUCCGCUGGUGGGGAUGAGCCCAGCCUGGCAGGGCCAGCAGCUCCCCCGCAGAACCAAGUUAAAAUCAGCCAGCUUGCAAUUCAAAUACAAGAGGCUCAGCACCUCCCAAGUGCCCAGACCAGGGCUGGGGAGAUGACAGUGACAGUGGGGAGCAGGAAGCCCGAGGUCCCGGCUCAGCCUCCCAGCAGAGCCCGCCUGACUCCUCUUUUUCCCAAGACUGUGAGCAGGGAGCACAAGGCACAAGGGGACUGGCCGGAGGCGUGGUGGCGUUCCAGCCCCCGCGCUGCGAGAUGCCACCUCUUAAACUCUCUCAGAGGCUCUGCUGGCUGCGUUGGUGCUACCCUCCCCCUGGAUUCCACACCCGCUGCCUCCCACCUUCCCUCCUUCCAAAUUUCUCCCACUCCCGAGACCAUGAUGUCAACUCCCUGUCCAGAAUCCUUCAGUGGCUCCCACCACCUUCAGGAAAAAGCCCAAACCCCUCCCCAAUCUGGGCACU